AUGUCGCCCCAACAGCAUCUAAUCGACGUCCGCACACCCGCCGAAUUCUCCAGCGGUCCGCUAAAAUCCGACAUCGCACCCACCAUCAACAUCGAAUACCAGCGCAUCUCGCAGCUCCCCUCCAUCUACGCCGCGCUCGGCGUCACAGUACAAAAGGAUGACCACAUCACACUAUAUUGCCGCUCGGGCCGGCGCUCGAAUAUUGCGCUGCAGACGCUGAAGGAGGCGGGGUAUGAGCAUGUGAGGGAUAUUGGUGGGUUGGAGGAGGCGAGGAGGGUUUUGGAUAGGGAACAGGUGGAGAGGCAGUUGGAGGGGGAGAUGGAGAGGGCGGGGUUGGAUGUUGGGGGGAGGAAAGAAGGGGAGGGAGGUGGUGGGAAGGGGGUAGAAGAGGAGGGGAAGGGGAAGGAUGGAAAAAAGGAUGAGAGGGAGAGGGAGUUGAGGAAGUUGCUUGAGGGGCUGAAGGCGUUGGAGGAGUGA